GAUCCUCGAAAUUGGGUAGCGGCGAAAAACCUUUUUCCUCUCCUUCCCCAUUCUUCUUGUUGGAAAUAAUCUUCAUGAGUGACUCUUCAGACAUGCCGGAUGAUGAAGGUCAACGAUGGGGCGAACAGCAGCAGCGAUCAAGGCAAACUAGCAUCGUGAUUGUCGACCCACUCGACCGUUCUUUAGCAACGGUCGACCGUUCUGGUGGUACGGCAGCAACAACGAGCAACGAUCGAUGGACGCGAUGCCGGUCGAUCGUGAACAGUAGCCGCGGAAAUCCUCUAAGGCUGUGGGAUUAUGGCCGGACGAAGGACGAGAGUAACACUGCUGCUUCCGCCCAGUCGACGGCUCUUCCACGUCCAUCCGGUAUCCGGGACAUCCCUGCCGGGCAACCCCGUCAGGUACUGCGUACCGCGAGUUCUCCUAUCCUCCAGGAGCUUCAUGAUCCGGAAGAGGUUGAGAGGGAGAGACGAGCCAUUGCAAGACGCCGGGCGGAGGAGUUGGCCCAGAAUAGUAAGGUGAAUGAGGACCGGGCCAAGGAUGCAAGCCGGAUCGUCGGCGAUGGAAACGAAAACCCGCGGGGAUCCGUCUUUGAAAGGAUAUCUCGCCAGAAGGCUCACGUUAGUGAGAGGCUAGGGAAGAAUCCGGAUAAGGCACCCCAAGGUUGGAUACGACCCCAGGCUAGCCAGGUGGCAUCUUCUAACCGCGAACCCCAGCAGCGAAACGGCCGUGGUGAGAUCCAAGCGCCGGUCCGGUCAGUGAUGGAUUUGGAGGAGGAUGAAGUUCAAAGCCAAGCCAGGGUCCCAGCGCCACGGCGUCUGGGGCCGCCGGUGCCGGAAGCUGACGCCAGUGACGCACUCAUGUGUCGGUGCUUCUUGCAGACAGUUGAUAGCAAGGUCGCGGAUUGGGUCAACCAUAUCCCUGCCGGAUCAAUCUGGACAUGGGAUGAAUUGGGACUACGGUUCCUAGAGCAUUUUGCCGGGAACUACCGUCCCAAGAAGCAUUUCACUCACUUAGCUUCAGAUGGACUCCUUCACAUCGAUCUUACUACUCAUCCCCCGGAUACCUUCGAAGAAGCAAUGGUCCAGGAGGGGAGGUAUGUGACCCUGGAAGAAAGAAAGGAGGAGAAGAAAGAGAAGACUCCCAAAGAAGAAGAGAAGACCGGAAAUAAGAAGCCGUUUAAAAAUAAGAAGCAGGGCUUCCCGGAUGGCCCAAAAGGCACAAGUUCUGGGACCUCGGAGAAGCACAAAUCUGCCAAUCUAGUCUUCACAUUGGAGGGAAUACUGGCGGAGACUCAGCCGCAAGCCAGAAGAAGUGGGCAAACGUGGCGAUGGUCAACGAGGUGCUGGUCCCAGAAGGCUCUUGGUUUGACAAGGGACAAAUUGUCACCCAUCAAAACUCCACUGACCGGGUUCACUGGUGACUCUAUUAAACCGGAGGGGGUGAUAACCCUCCCGGUUGAGAUAGGGGAUACUAAGGCUACCCGGAAGUUGGACAUGAAGUUUGUUGUGGUGGGGAUAAUCUCCAGCACAAACAUCAUUCUGGGCAGACCCGGGUUGGAAGAUUUGGAGUGUGUCAUCUCACCUCGUCACCUGUGCAUAAAAUUCCCGACUCCCCACGGAGUUGGAAUUGCCAGGGGAUCUCAGAGAGUGUCCCAGGCAUGGUAUUUGAAGGCAACUAAACGGCCGGUCAAGUACGAUACCCAAGUGGGAGAGGUGACUGCGCAGCUCCUGAGGGUUGAGGAAAAACGUCCCAGAGUAGAAGUUGCUGGCGACAUUGAAGAAGUGGAACUGGAGCCAGGCAUGCCGGGAAGGUUGGUUAGGAUUGGCAAGGGCAUGGGGGAUGAACUCAGAUCACGAGUGAUUUCAGUCCUUAGAAGGUUCAGGAGGGUCUUUGCAGGGAGUCCAGCUGAUAUGCCAGGGCUGGAUCACAAGAUUGCAGUUCAUCGCCUAAAUGUCCUGCGGGAUGCUAAACCAGUGAAGCAGAAACGGAGGCAUUUGUUGCAGGAAAGAAGAGAUUUCGUGAAAAAGGAGGCUCACCGGAUUGUUGUGCUCACGAAUGAGCCUUUGGCGUCACUUGCCCGAAGCCCGGCGGCAUCUGCCCGGAUGACCAAGUGGGCAGUCUUCAUCAGUCAGUAUAACGUGGAGUUCAGGCCGCGCCCAUCGAUGGAUCUUCUGGAGCUCGAUCUUGCGGAGCAGAACGCGGAAGCUGAUGUUCUAUCCAAGCUCAGCGCAGAGUCACCAGAAUACAUAAGCAAAUUAACAACCGUCGAGGAGCUGGCAACCCCGACUCUUAACAGAAAUGAGGUGAUCUGGGUAUCAGCUGAUCCCCCGGAAUGGCUGGACAGGUUGGCCAAAUACAUUGAGGACGGUGAAGCCCUGGAGGAUCCCCAAGAAGCACGUCUGUUGCGAAUGAGGGCACCUACCUACAAGGUGCAGGAUGGAAUCCUCUAUAAACAAUCUUACAACGGUGUUUUACUCCGUUGCCUCAGGGCAGCAGAGGCAAAGGCACUAAUGGAAGAAAUACACGAAGGAGUGUGUGCUGCACAUCAGGGUCCAUACUCUGUCUCCAGAAAGGCGAUUAUCCAGGGAUAUUUCUGGCCAACGAUGAAGAAGGAUUGCGAAGAGUACGUACGCAAGUGCCCGACCUGCCAACAGUUCCAGAAUAUGCCCUGGAGGCCAGCCAUGAAUUACACGCCCAUCAGCUCUGUGAUUCCCUUCUCAAGAUGGGGGAUUGAUAUUGUGGGAGCCCUGCCGAAAGAAGCAAAUGGGUAGAUGAACUACCCAGAAUCCUAUGGACAUACAGGACAACUCCAAGGAGAGCUACGGGUGACACUCCUUUUGGCUUAGCUUAUGGUUUUG